GUAAAAAGACGUACAGUGAUUUGCAUACCACCAUGCAUAAAGCCUCCCCGGACACUUGGACCGUUUCAAUCACUGACACUGGUUGCAGGAUUGCAUCCGUCGCCGGAAAUUACUUUAUUAUGCGAUGUCACUCCCUUCCGUCGGAGUAUAAUUGGUGGUCUAUGUAAUGGAAAGAUGAUACACAUCCAAGCCGUGCCAAUACCAUCUGCUAAGACUUUUAAGAUCGAGCUAUGCUGUGGGCCAACGCCAUUUCCCGGCUGCGACGUCGCGCUGUCGAUGAAUGCACAUUUCUUCCCUCCCGGCAACUGCCAGUUCACACUCACCACCUACCGAAACAAGCAGUGGGUCGCUAACGUGCGGGGAAGCAGCUUCCCAUUCAGCGCCGGAGCAGCUUUCGAGAUGAUCAUACUGAUAGAGCCUGGAAAUUAUAAAAUUGCAGUGAAUGGAAUCCACUUCGCAGGCUUCAAGCAUGUCAUACCUUUUUCGGCUGUGACAGAUCUAACAAUAGAGGGAGAGAUAAUCAUAAACUCUGUUAGAUUCCAGGUGCAGCCAGCGCCCCAACCCCAAGUCGUCUACCCACCAAUGCUGCAGAGUAACGACAAGUUUAGAGACCGGCCCGUACCUUACGUGAAAGCAAUACCAGGAGGGCUACGUGCUGGGAUGACUUUCAAGGUGUCUGCUUAUCCUCUACAAACUGCAAACGACAAGCUUGCCGUGAGCUUUCUGUGCGGAUCACAUCUAGGUAAAUCUGACAUCGCGUUCACGUUCAGUCCUCGCUUUAAACGGCCGCUGCACAUCAUCCGCAACUACAGAGUGAACGGAACGUGGGGCGACCAGGACCGCACUAACUAUGGAGAUCACGACUUCCCAUUUCCACGGGGCGUUCUAUUUGACCUGGUGAUCAAAUGCCACGCGGACAAAUUCCGCGUGACGUGCAAUGGCAAGCAUCUGAUGAACUGUCCAUGUCGUGUCAUGCCCCUGCAGAGAAUAGUCAACUUAGCGAUCAUUGGUGAGGUGUGCAUUCAGAAUGUGCGCAUUCAAUAGAAUCAGGGGCGCAAAUCCAGGGGGGGACAGGUGGACAUGUCCCCCCACAAAUUUUCAGAGGGGGACAUCAUAU